GCUGAUCUUGUAUCAGGCAACUGUUUUUCAGAAUAAGUUGCUGAAUAUAUCCCAGGAACAGGAAAAGUUGAAGAGAAUCCAUGUUCUGGUCAACUCUGGAGAGAACCUAAACAGAGAGACCGAAAAAUGGCUUAGACUGCUGUGAUACAGAAAAGGAUGUAACUUUCAGAUUACUCCUAAAUGAGAAGGAUGAGUCCAGAUGUACCUCUGCUGAAUGACUACAAACAGGACUUCUUUCUGAAGCGCUUUCCACAGACUGUGCUUGGAGGCCCUCGACUCAAAUUAGGCUUUUGUGCCCCUCCUUAUAUAUAUGUUAAUCAGAUUAUCCUUUUUCUGAUGCCAUGGGUUUUGGGGGGAAUAGGAACACUUUUGUACCAAUUAGGCAUCCUGGAAGACUAUCAUACCGCAGCACUUUCAGGUGGACUGAUGCUUUUCGCUGCGUUUGUCAUCCAGUGCACAAGUGUAUAUGCUAGGAACAAAUCCGUGACAGUGGAAAGAAUGCUGACCACAGAUGUCUUAGCAGAGGAAGAUGAGCAUGAAUUUACAAGUUGUGCUGGUGCUGAAACCAUCAAAUUUCUAAUUCCUGGCAAGAAAUAUAUAGCCAAUACAGUUUUUCAUUCUGUCCUUGCUGGGGUAAUGUGUGGUCUUGGGACGUGGUAUCUGCUCCCCAACAGAAUAACCUUGCUGUAUGGCAGUGUGGGAGGUACUGCUCUACUGUUUGUCUUUGGCUGGAUGACAUUAUGUAUAGGAGAAUAUUCAUUAAUUGUAAACACAGCUACAGAGACUGCAACUUUCCAAACCCAGGAUACUUAUGAAAUCACUCCUCUUAUGAGACCUCUUUAUAUUUUUUUCUUUGUUUCUGUGGAUCUUGCACACAGGUUUAUGGUAAAUAUGCCAGCUCUUGAACAAAUGAAUCAGAUUUUACACAUCUUGUUUAUAUUCUUACCUUUUCUCUGGGCACUGGGAACCCUGCCCCCACCUGACGCACUUUUCUUAUGGGCAAUGGAGCAGGUCUUAGAGUUUGGCCUUGGAGGUUCACCCAUGUCAACCCACCUACGGUUACUAGCAAUGUUCAUGGCUUCUGCUGGAGCAGCUGUAACAUCGUAUUUCAUUCCCAGCACUGUCGCUGUGGUUCUUUUCAUGACUGGACUUGGCUUCUUACUUAGUCUUAACCUAAGUGAGAUGGGUUUUGUCUUCAAACACAGUGUGACCAGACAGAGAGUUAGAACCAAAUCUAAAACUUUACCCAAUGGCUCGGAAACACAGUUUACGUGGAAGGAAUGCGUUUUCUACAUCAUUAUGUUAGUUUUGGCUCUCUUAGAAACUAGUUUGCUGCAUCACUUUGCUGAUUUCUCACAGAUUUCCAGAAGCAAUCCUCAGGCUAUUGUUGGCUAUAUUUUGAUGAUAUUACUUAUAAUACUAUGGAUACUUAGAGAAAUUCAAAGUGUCUAUAUCCUGGGAAUUUUCCGAAACCCUUUCUAUCCAAAGGAUGUGCAAAGUGUGACUGUUUUCUUAGAGAAGCAAACAAGGCUCCUGAAGAUUGGUGUUGUUAGACGGAUUUUGCUGACUUUAGUGUCACCUUUUGCUAUGAUUGCAUUUCUUUCGUUGGACAGUUCCUUACAAAGGCCCCAGUCAGUGGCUGUCUCCAUUGGAUUCACAAGAGCCUUUAGAAUGGUAUGGCAGAAUACAGAAAAUGCUUUAUCAGAGAUAGUCACAGUAUCAGUAGUGCACUCAUUGAUCUUCAGUAAAGACUUGUGGUGGAAUAGAAGCCUGGAUACAGGAAUUAGACUCUUACUGGUUGGUCUUGCGCGUGAUCGCCUGAUUCAGUUCAUCUCUAAACUACAGUUUGCUGUGACUGUACUUUUGGCAUCGUGGAUGGAAAAAAAACAACGUCGAAAGUCAGCUGCCACUUUAUGUAUAUUCAACAUUGUCUUCUCUCCGUUCGUGUUGCUCUUCAUAGUUUUUUCUACACUACUCUCUUCUCCCUUACUUCCUCUCUUCACCCUUCCUGUGUUUUUGGUUGGAUUUCCCCGACCUAUUCAGAGUUGGCCAGGAGCAGUGGGCACUGCAGCCUGUGUGUGUGCAGAUACAGUGUAUUACUACCAGAUGGUCCCAAGUUUGGCUGCUGCACUGCAGUCUGCAAUGGCAGCUGGGAGUUUAGGUCUCCUCUUACCGGGGUCUCAUUACUUGGGCCGUUUUCAGGAUCGUUUAAUAUGGAUAAUGAUUCUAGAACGAGGCUAUACUUACUGCUGUAUUAACAUUAAGGGGUUAGAAUUGCAAGAGACAUCCUGUCACACUGCUGAGGCUCGAAGAGUUGAUGAAGUUUUUGAAGGUGCCUUUGAGCAAGAAGAAUAUGCAAGAGUUUGUUCCCUUAAUGAGCACUUUGGAAAUAUCUUGACACCCUGUACAGUUUUGCCUGUGAAACUAUAUUCUGAUGCCAGGAAUGUCCUAUCUGGCAUAAUUGAUUCUCAUGAAAACUUGAAAGAAUUUAAAGAUGACCUUGUUAAAGUACUUGUGUGGAUACUUGUUCAUGACUGCUCCAAAAGGUCCAGCGUGCAGGAGAAUGUUCACAAAACUGAAAAUAAAGGGAAGGAACCUGUAGUAAUACUACCCACUUUGAAUCCUUCACCACAACCCCACUGCCCAGAAGACAUGGAUAGUUUAAAUUCAGAAACUUUUGAUGACUGGUCUGAUGAUAAUAUUUUUGAUGAUGAGCUAACCAUCAAGAAAGGGAAAGAAGAAAAAGAUCAAUUGAAAGUUUUGCCAGAUACAAAUUUGUCUCUUCCAGGAUCAGUAGAACUAGGGAAGGUUGGUGAUCCAGGCAAACUUCCUGAAAACAGUCUUUAUCAAACAGUUAUAUUGGGAUACCCUGCUGUUGACAAAGGAAAACAAGACAUGGCAUAUAUCCCUCUAAUGGAGUUCAGUUGUUCACAUUCUCACUUGUUAAGCUUUCCUAAAGAGUGGAGGUCUAACUGUUUGCCUGAUUCCAAAAUGAAGGAGAUGAGCUCACUAUUUCCAGAAGACUGGUACCAGUUUGUUUUAAGGCAGUUGGAAUCUUUUUAUUCAGAAGAAGAGGCCUCAGAUGUACUGGAAGAAAUUGCAAAGGAUAAAGUUUUAAAAGACUUUUAUGUUCAUGUAGUAAUGACUUGUUAUUUUAGUUUAUUUGGAACAGACAAUAUGGCUCCUAGUCCAGGUCACAUACUGAGAGUUUACAAUGGCGUUUUGCCUUGGUCUGUUGCCUUGGAUUGGCUUGUGGAAAAACCAGAACUAUUCCAGCUAGCACUGAAAGCGUUCAGGUAUACUCUGAAACUAAUGAUUGAUAAGGCAAGUUUAGGUCCAAUAGAAGACUUUAAAGAGCUGACCAACUGCCUUGAAGAAUAUGAAAGUGACUGGUACAUUGGUUUGGUAUCUGAUGAAAAGUGGAAGGAAGCAGUUUUACAAGAAAAGCCAUACUUAUUUUCUCUGGGGUAUGAUCCUAAUAUGGGAGUUUAUACUGGAAGAGUACUUACCCUUCAAGAUCUAUUGAUCCAAGUUGGGAAGUUGAAUGCUGAGGCUGUUAGAGGACAGUGGGCCAAUCUUUCAUGGGAAUUGCUGUAUGCCACAAAUGAUGAUGAAGAACGUUACAGUAUACAAGCUCAUCCACUACUUUUAAGAAAUCUUACAGUACAAGCAGCUGAUCCUCCCCUGGGAUAUCCAAUUUAUUCUUCAAAGCCUCUCCAUAUACAUUUGUAUUAGAGCCCACUUUGAUUUGUAAACAUAAUAUCUUCAAAUGAGAUGUUUAUAUUUUUUUCAUCCUAGAAAAGUAACAAUGUGAUCCCUUUAACCUCCUUGGACUUUUUACCCCAUGUUAGAUGCCUGAGAAAAGCUAAGCUCCAUAAAGUUAGUCUCUUAGCUUUCUUAAUGGUUUAAAAAAAAAAUUAUGCCUGACAUAAAAGUUAAAACUAGUUGGCCAGUAUUUGUGCCCUGUGGAUUGUGGUAGGCUUUGGAAAAUAGAUAUACCAUUUGUAUAAGAUUGUUGUUGUUGUUAGGUGCCGUGGAGUUGAUUCUGACUCAUAGCAACCCCACGUGACAGAGUAGAACUGCCUCAUAGGAUUUUCUAGGCCAUUAUCUUUACAGAAGCAGGUCGCCAGUUCUUUUCUCCUACAGAGCUGAUGUGUGGGUUUAAACUGCCAACCAUUCAGUUAUCAGCCAAGUACACCACUAGGACUCCUUUGUAUAAGAUUAGAUAAUGAAUUUUUUAUGUUUUAUUAAAUGUAUGAUAGGUGACUUACAUUGCUAUAUAAUUUUUACAUACUUACAGAUAUAUAUAUCAGUGUUUGUAAGUAAUGAUAAUGGAUCCUCUUGAAGGUAAAUGUAAUGUGUAUAUAUAUUUAUUUGAAAUAUAAUUAAUUUUUAUAGUGUUUUCAAACUUUGUGCUGUUUUAUUUUAAUGUUCAACACUGUCUGAAUGUAUUUUCUUUUCAUAUUCUUUAGUUCAAAAACCUUGAAAACUUUUUAACAGUCCAAUAGGAAAAUAGAUAAAAGACUUGAACAGCCACUUCACAAAAAAGGAAAUUCAAAUUGCCAUUAAAUAUGAAA